AUGGACGACUCUCGUCGCCGCCGGAAGUGCAUUCUCGGUCGAGAUUCAGCAAGGCAAGCUUUAUACAAGUUUGUCGGACCUGAUACUGUUGUCAUUGGCCAUGCCGGACAUCAAGACCUCACGUCACUACGCUGGAUUCACCAUCGAAUCGUCGACACCUUGAUACUGGAAACAGGAAAGCGUCGCUUGGAGGAAGACUUGUCUCGGCGCAGGGAGUGGGAAGAAUCCGAAAAUACCGAGAUGGGAGAAUCUGCAAACCCUAGCUCUGCUGUUGAAGAUAAAGAUAACACUGCUGCCACAAACUUACAGGAGGGCGGGUUGUCGCUGAAAGCCCUUACGCUGAAACGACUUAACAGAACCAUUCAGGUCAAGGGUCGCGGCCACGACAGUCUAGAAGACGCUUUGGCAACGCGAGAUUUGCUACACUGGCAUAUUGAUGCAAUAUUGAGGUCGGAUACCGAGGGUUUGCUAUGA